CCUAAGCAGCCUGAUUUUGAAUUCUGAUGGGAAACAAAAAAAAAAAAACACUCUUUGCCAACUUAUUAUUAGAAAUAUUCUUGUAAAUUCAUUUUAUUGCUGACACUGCUUUUCAGGGUCUUCAAGAUGUUGUUAUUUAUUCAUUUAUAAAGGGAAGGUGAGAGGUGUUUGCCUCUAAAUCGUCUUAUACUGAGCCUUGUUCAAGCUUUGACACAGUGGAGGCAGCAGCCACCCGAAAACUAGACUCAGCGUGUUUGAGAGGCUCAGGUGCCGACAAGUGAAGCUUACUUACCAGGGAGAAGAGAGCAGCAGCCGACCCGCCUGGCGCAACACGCCUCUGCUUCUUUCACCAAGAAGUGCUGGAACCAUGAAGGACUGCAUAUGAGAAGUUUCCUGUUUUGACAUGAGGACCAUAAAUGUGGCCCCUCAUCCGAGGAGACUUAAAUGCAGCCGUGCACUUUUUUUCAUCUCACUUGUACUAUUGUGCGUCAUCUACACGCUCACACUGAAAGCCAGGCAGUCAGCAUUCUCUGUUUCUAUGCGGGAAAUUUUGGAAGAAAAAGGAGAUGAUGAAGAGGAUGCUGGUGUCAUAGAGGUCAACAUUGGAGAGGUAACUGUAUUCAAUGUAACGCAUGGGCAGCCCCAGUCAUCUCGGAGAACCCAACCCACUGUGGCUGUUGUCAACAGGACAGAUAUUGAGCAGUGUAUUUAUGUGGAACCCGAACCACCACCGACCGCCGCGGCCCCUUCUCCGGUCCGACCGCCGCACAGGAAGGGCGAAUACCCAGAGGACAUCUUUUCAGUGGAAGAGCGGCGCCAAGGCUGGGUGGUCCUGCAUGCCAUUGGGAUGGUUUACAUGUUUGUGGCCCUCGCUAUUGUGUGCGAUGAGUUUUUCGUCCCCGCUCUGGAGGUUAUCACGAGCAAGCUGGGCAUCUCUGACGACGUGGCCGGUGCUACCUUCAUGGCCGCCGGCGGCUCCGCGCCAGAGCUUUUCACUUCCCUGAUUGGUAUUUUCGUCUCGCACAGCAACGUGGGCAUCGGCACCAUCGUCGGCUCAGCAGUCUUCAACAUCCUCUUCGUCAUAGGAAUGUGUGCCAUCUUCUCUCGGGAGAUGUUGCACCUGACUUGGUGGCCGCUCUUCCGGGACGUGUCUUUCUACAUCCUGGACCUCAUUAUGCUCAUAGUCUUCUUUUUGGAUAAGACAAUUUUGUGGUGGGAGAGCGCCAUGCUUGUGUUUGGCUACAUCAGCUAUGUGUGCUUCAUGAAGUUCAACCGUCAGAUAGAGCACACGGUCAAGACGCAGCUCAACAAACACAUGAGCAUUGUCCAAGCGUGGACCAACGAUGUGCAAGACAAGGAAAGUGAACCGUCACCUCCUUCUCCACCUGUUCCACAUCCAGCUGCAUCAAUUAAAGAGGAUAAAUCCAAACAGCAAUCAGAACCUAUUGGGAACCCUCUGCUGAGCAAACCAUCAGACCUCCAAGAGGACAAAGCCAAACUAAGGGUGCGUCCUUCCCUGCAGCGAGGUAGGAGCUCGUCCUCUCUCCACAACCCUUCGCUGAGGAGCACCAUCUUCCAGCUGAUGAUCCACACACUGGACCCUUUGGGGGAAGACUCCACCCUUAGAGGAAGACUCAAACCCUCUACCCCAAGGAGAGCCAGGCGAGAGACAUCCUUUAACGGUGAUGUCAGAGGGGAGGGGUUAAUGCAGAAGAAAGCUGCAGCAAGUAACAAAGUAAAGCCACUGAAUGUUCCCGAAAUAGAUGGUGAUCCCAAGGCCAAAUGUGAGGUGCCUGGAACACACAGCAGUGCAGAGGAGCCGUCGACCUCCCGGCUUCCAGCUGAGGUGGAGACUGGGGGGAACGUGACAUACAAGCAGGAGAGCUCUGGUGGUGAUGACAGCAGCGAGAGAGCUAACAGUGUAGCUUGUGAAAGUGAGGAUGACGAUGGAGAAGAGGAGGAGGAAGAGGGGGACGAGAAUGAGCCCUUGACUCUGGAUUGGCCAGCCAGCAGACGCAAGCAACUCACUUACCUUCUGCUGUUGCCCAUCGUGUUCCCAUUGUGGCUCACGCUGCCCGAUGUCCGCAACCCGACAUCCAAGAAAUACUUUGCCUUUACCUUUAUUGGCACAAUCCUAUGGAUUGCCGUUUUUUCCUACCUGAUGGUGUGGUGGGCUCAUCAGGUGGGCGAGACGAUAGGCAUCUCGGAGGAAAUUAUGGGUCUCACCAUCCUGGCUGCCGGUACGUCCAUCCCCGACCUUAUCACCAGUGUUAUUGUGGCCCGCAAAGGUCUAGGAGACAUGGCUGUGUCCAGCUCAGUCGGCAGUAACAUCUUUGACAUCACUGUAGGUUUGCCAGUUCCGUGGCUAUUGUACUCACUGAUGCAUAACGGCCAACCGGUGACCGUCAGCUCUAACGGCCUCUUCUGCGCCAUCGUUCUGCUCUUUCUCAUGCUCCUUUUCGUCAUCAUCUCCAUCGCAACGUGUCACUGGAAGAUGAGCCGAAUGCUCGGCCUCACUAUGUUCACGCUCUACUUUGUCUUUCUCGUGUUAAGUGUCCUGCUGGAAGAUCGUGUUCUCAUCUGCCCAGUCUCCAUUUGACGCGUUUGACCCAAGGCUUGGUUAGCCGAGGAUGAUGUGCAAAAUAUAAUUAAUUCUUGAUAUUAAUGAGGUCACAAUUCAAUUUAACACUAACUAGGUAGCUACAGUGGACCAGAAAAUAUGAGACACUCGGUGGUUAUAAGCCGAGACAAUCCGUCACUAGAUGGCGGCAGUGAGAGCAUGUACAUUUGUGCUUGGAACUAGCAUUUUCCAUUUUCUGGUGCAGUAACAUUACCACAAAUCAAUAGGAAAAAAAAUACAAGUGCUAUGAAUUACAUGAUGUCCACUGAAAAAAAGCAUGAAAUCCAAGACAAAUAUAUAUCUUGGGGAAAAAAAUCCCUAAUAAACAACUCAAGAAUAAAUUAAGCAAAAGUGAAGUGAAAGCAACCAUUCUUUACGUUCUAUUUAGCGAAAAUGAGUUGCAAAAACCUAAAUUCAUAAAAAUGUAUUUCAAAUACUGUACUAUUUACCAUAGAACCUGUAAGAAAACUACCGUUAGUUUAAUCUUGUCGGUUGUGUGGGAAUUCCUGUUGUCAAUAGAAGCUAACAAGUGUUUUUUGUUGCGUGUCGAUACAGUUUACAUGGUGUCCUAAAGUGUCAUGUGCCUUGCUCUACUAAUUUGCAACAAGCAAAUGUACAUUUAAUCACAAAACAAAACAAUUUUUCAUUUCAAAACAUUCUGCAAUAUUAUAUAUAUA